AUCACCCUUCACGGAAGUCAGCAGUGGCGAUGGUGGCGGCCUCAUCAGCCUAGCAGCAGGAAGAGGAUGUUUGCUUUCAGUGAAAUACUAAUAUCACCUGAUUUAAAGCCUUUAUAACAGACUGAACUGUCAUCGGGGUUUUUUGCUGGGAUUAGACGGCGCGUUCCCUCACCCGGACCCCGGCCUCUGUGAGUCUGAAGCAGGGUCGCUGGUGAUAAAAUGUCCCUGUUCCAGUCGGCACUGGAUUUCCUAGCCGGGCCCGGCUUGUCCGGAGCGGCCGGCCGGGACCAGAACGACUUCGUCGGACAAGUCGUGGAGCUCGGUGACAUGAAACUGCGGAUCAAGAGGGUGAUCGCGGAAGGUGGAUUUGCCUUUGUGUAUGAAGCCCAGGACAUGAGCAGUGGUAAAGACUAUGCCCUCAAGAGGCUGCUGUCCAACGAGGAAGAGAAGAACAAGGAAAUCAUACAGGAAGUCUGCUUCAUGAAAAAGCUGUCGGGUCACCCCAACAUGGUUCAGUUCUGCUCUGCUGCCUCCAUCAGUAAGGAAGAGUCCGACACCGGACAGGCCGAGUUCUUGAUCCUCACCGAGUUGUGUAAAGGUCAGCUGGUGGACUUCAUAAAGCGGGUAGAGCAGAGGGCUCUCCUGUCAUGUGACACCGUGCUGAAAAUCUUCUACCAGUCGUGCCGCGCCGUGCAGCACAUGCACAAACAGAAGCCUCCGAUCAUACACAGGGACCUCAAGAUUGAGAACCUCUUGAUUAGUAACCAGGGCACCAUCAAGCUGUGUGACUUUGGCAGCUCCACCACAGUGUCACAUUACCCCGACUACAGCUGGUCGGCACAGAAGAGGUCCAUGGUGGAGGAUGAGAUCACGAGGAACACCACUCCUGCGUACCGAACGCCAGAGAUGAUCGAUCUCUACUCCAACUUCCCCAUCAAUGACAAACAGGACAUCUGGGCCCUGGGAUGCAUCCUCUACCUGUUGUGUUUUAAGCAGCACCCAUUCGAGGAGGGGGCCAAGCUGCAAAUCGUCAACGGAAAAUACUCCAUCCCUCAGAACGAUGUCAAGUACACUGUGUAUCACAACCUCAUACGUUCCAUGUUGAAGGUGAACCCAGAGGAGCGUCUGUCCAUUACAGAGUUGGUCAACCAGCUCCAGGAGAUAGCAGCAGCACGCAACGUCAACCCCAAGUCCCCCAUUACCGAGCUGCUGGAGCAGAACGGAGGUUUUGGCAACAACGGAGCCCAGCCGCCCAUGCAGAUCCACAACGUCCAGAACAAUUCAGGCAUAUACGAUCCUGAUCAGUCGGGCAGCGGGAUCUUGGACAUCUUAAGGGGAGGAACGGAGCGCUUCCUGACCAACAUAAAGGACACUUCCUCUAAGGUCAUCCAGUCAGUAGCCAGCAACCCGAGCUACGCCAAAGGGGACCUAGAUAUUUCAUACAUCACCUCCAGAAUAGCAGUCAUGUCCUUCCCUGCAGAGGGGGUGGAGUCAGCGAUAAAGAACAACAUUGAAGACGUCCGUCUGUUCCUGGAUUCACGUCACGCUGGCCACUAUGCUGUCUACAACCUCUCCAAACGAUCCUACAGGCCUUCUCGAUUCCACAACAGGGUUUCAGAGUGUAACUGGCAAGUGCGCCGUGCCCCCAACCUCCGCAGUCUCUACAGUGUGUGUAAGAACAUGCAUCUAUGGCUCAAACAAGACCAGAGGAACAUCUGUAUAGUACACUGUCUGGACGGCAGGGCAGCGUCGGCGGUGGCAGUUUGCUCCUUCCUGUGUUUCUGUCGCCUUUUCACCACAGCUGAGGCCGCUGUCUACAUGUUCUCAAUGAAACGCUGCCCGCCUGGCAUCGCACCCUCACACAAGAGGUAUAUAGAGUAUAUGUGCGACAUGAUGGCAGAGGAGCCCAUCGUCCCCCACAGCAAGCCCAUAAUGAUUCACUCCAUCGCCAUGACCCCCGUGCCGCUGUUCAACAAGCAGCGCAGUGGGUGCAGGCCGUUCUGCGAGGUUUAUGUUGGAGACGAGCGAGUCCUCACCACAUCACAGGAGUACGACAAGAUGAAGGAUUUCAAGCUGGAGGACGGAAGAGCGGAGAUUCCCCUCAAUGUGACGGUCCAAGGAGACGUACUGGUGGUGAUCUACCACGCAAGAUCUACACUGGGAGGACGUCUACAGGCCAAGAUGGCAUCCAUGAAGAUGUUUCAGAUCCAGUUCCACACAGGCUUUGUCCCCAGAAAUGCGACCACGGUCAAGUUUGCCAAGUAUGACUUGGAUGCCUGUGACAUCCAGGAGAAGUACCCAGACUUGUUCCAGGUCAACUUGGACAUCGAGGUGGAACCCAGAGACAGACCCAGCACCAAGACCCCGCCUUGGGAGGGCUUUCAAACCAAGGGCCUCAACCCCAAAAUCCUUUUCUCCUCUCGUGAUGAGCAGCAGGAGAUCCUCAGCAAAUUUGGUAAGCCCGAGCUGCCUCGUCAGCCAGGUUCCUCCGCUUUUUACGACUCUGAGUCACCCCAGCCGGCUCAGACCCCAGAAGGCUCCAAUGCAACAGAAACAGAAUCUCCUGUGAGCACUGAUGGCAACGCCAACAACUUUUUCCAGACCCUGGAUUGGGAAGAUGUGAGUGGCCCUCAGGAUGCGACAGACAGUCAAGGAGGGGGAUCCAUGAAUGACCAGGAGGACCUAAGUGAUCAAUCAGAAGGAGAGUCCUACUCUUAUUCUGCCCCCGGUGGGGAGCCGCUGUCACGUGACCCCAGCGAACCACUGUUUGAUGCUGACUUCCAGAGCUCCCCUCCUGCAGCCCAGGAGUCGCCUAUCGGGGACACAGCUGACCUCCUGGGGUUAAACUCGGACCCUUCCAUGUCCUCAACCUCCUCCUCUGCUCCUCAUCAAGUAGUCCAGGGAGGACUGAAAGCUGCAUCCAGCAACAGCGACCUCCUCAACGACCUGUUUGCCCCCCCUGCUGGUGAGGCAGGAGCAGUGCAGGAAGACUUGUUCUUCAGUGAGCCAGCCACUGGGGCCACACCAGACUCAAAACCCAUGGGCGACCUGUUUGAUCCGUUUGGGAUGGGGUCUGGCUCCGGCGUUGGUGCCACUGUGGGUUCAUCUCGGCAGGCCCCUGGACCGGACCUGUUUGGAGACCUGUUGAGUUCUGAAGGUUCAGCUCACAGUGACCCUACUCCUGCUCCAAACAAAAGCCUUUUCAACCUCAAUAAAGUAGUGAAGGAUGCCCCUAAGAUGACAUCAUCAGCCAGCCAACCAGACCUGCUGGGUGGGUGGGAGAGCUGGGCAGCUGGCACCACCGCUGGCAUGAGCGCCACCACCAGCAAACCCAGCUACACCAACACAGCUUCUGGCGUUGCGUCUAUGUCGAAGGCCAAGUCUCAGACCUUUGAUCCUUUUGCCGACCUGGGAAACCUGGGUUCCAGUUUACCAGGUUCCUCCAGCAGUAAUUUUUCGGAGCCUUCUUUUAGCGCAAAAGCUACAUCCUCCUCUGCUAAACCUCAAGCCCAGCCCUGGCAGUCUGGAAGACCCGCCUCAGCCCAGAAAAAGCCUUGGAUGUCCGGAUCAGGACCUGGGACGGGACCUAAAGCAUCAUCUGCCUCUCAGUCUGCAGGCACGCAGGCCCUCAAACCCAACUACAACCUCAACUUCACCAGUGUCAUCGGUGGGAGAGAGGACAGAGGAGUUCGUGGGCCUAGUUUCGGCGCCAAGCCGAAGGUAAAGGAGGACGAUUUUGAGGACCUGCUGUCAACUCAGGGUUUUGCCUCUCGGCCUGAUAGAAAGGGACCAAGGACCAUCGCUGAAAUGAGGAGACAGGAGAUCACGAAAGACAUUGAUCCACUUAAAUUACAGAUCUUGGACUGGAUUGAGGGGAAGGAGCGAAACAUACGAGCGCUGCUGUCAACUCUAAACACUGUGCUGUGGGAAGGUGAGACCCGCUGGAGGCCUGUGGGCAUGGCUGACUUGGUGACACCUGACCAGGUGAAGAAGUUCUACAGGAAGGCUGUGCUGAUUGUCCACCCGGAUAAGGCAACAGGCCAGCCUUAUGAACAUUACGCUAAGAUGAUCUUCAUGGAAUUGAACGACGCCUGGUCAGAGUUCGAGAACCAGGGUUCCAAAGCACUCUUCUAAAACCCUGGUCUGGAUCCCAGCUAGACCAGACCAGACUGGACUGGACUGGAUUCGGCCUAACCAAACAAGAGUUAGACUGAGCCAGAUUGGACAGGACUGAGCCCACAUUGGGCCUUAGGGGGCGCAGAGCCUCUGAGAGGUGUCCUCUCUACCAUUCCCUUCACUCCCUUCUUUACUUUCUUCUGUUUCUACAGUCAAGGAAAAAGAUCUUUUUGCCUCAUGUCCGGCUGUAGGGAAAAUGUCCUCACUGGUUCAUAAACAGCCAGUAGAAUAAACAUUGUGAUAGUUCUUUAACUCACUGCCUACCUGUACGUCUGCUUGAGUUGGUGAUGCUGCAAACAUCUGGAGGGAAGAAUGGGUGACAAUCACACGAAGAAGACAGAAUGGAAAAUAAAUCGGAUAACACAAGCUGAUUAUCUUAACAGUGGUAUUCAGAUAAGAAGAUGUAAUGACCCCACACUAAUAUAAUGCUGGUAAAUUUUGUCUGUGGCUGGUAAGUUUGUCAUUUUGUGUCUGGCACUUUUGCAAACAACCAGUCAUUUUGCUGACUGGAACAUUGGCUGUACAUUUUUCAGCAUGCCAGACGAUCUGGAAGUAUUGUUUUUAAGCUUUGUUGCCUCGAAGAAUAGUGAACGUUGCAGAUGAAUCGUAGAACAAACCAGCCACAGCAACCAAUGGACAAAAAAAAAUAAGAAAUAAACUUCUACCCUGCCGCUAAUGCAGAAGCAGGAUUAAAAUCUCAAUGAUUUUGAAGAUGGAUCUGUUGAUGAUACCCAUUCAUUCUUUGAAGUGCUACUGCUGCACCUUUUUGUGGUCAACAGUCGGUUGGGUUUGUUGUUGAGCCAUUUCCUCAUCGGAAAGACAAGACUAUUGCCUGCUGAACACUACUAGUGCUGCUUCUACCGUUACAGUUCCUGCUACACACACACACACACACUCCUCAGAUUGAUGUUGAAACCUGCAUCCCGAGCUUCUGACAAAGGAGCUGAACUUGUUUUGGAGCCCCAUA